AAUUGAUGUUUUCCCAUGGAGGAGGAGCCAGCUUCCUCCAUGAAGGGGAGACUAACCGUAAGGUGGGAGAAAUCCUUUUUUUUUCCAGAUUUUUUUUUUUCUUUUUUCAGUGGGAUAACAUCAGGAGGGUUUGUCUAGGCGAGCCAAUUAGGUCCCACCCCUGCUAUAGAUCGCUGCUAUAAUACAAAGCAGUAAAAGCGCUCAGCUCACACAAGCGACUGCAGUUUUAACCAGAGAUCCCGUGGCUUUUAAUUCUCUCACUACUUUUCUUUUUUUUUUUUAUCCUCUUUCAAUGUGCCCCGUUACUACCGUCAGACUGAGGCGCUCAUUUCCGCACCUGCCGCGGUAAGACACUAAGAGAAGCGGGUGGAAAGAGGAAAAAAGAAGAAGAGAGGAGACAAGGACAUCGGAGGCUUUGACAAAACAGCAGCAGCGGUUCCUCGUUUUUUCUUUCUUUUUUUUUUUUUUUUUUUUUUUUUUUUAGAUCUUUUUCGUUUAUGUUUAACAUGCAUCAGCGCUGGACCACAAUCGCAUCUGUGGCUCUCAUCUGCUUGUCCUUGGUGUCCUACGCGGUGGGAUGCGGACCGGGCAGGGGCUACGGCAGGAGGAGACACCCCAAGAAGCUGACACCUCUGGCGUACAAGCAGUUCAUCCCCAACGUGGCGGAGAAGACCCUGGGGGCGAGCGGUAGAUACGAGGGCAAGAUCACACGGAACUCCGAGCGCUUUAAAGAGCUCACCCCCAAUUAUAACACAGACAUCAUCUUCAAGGAUGAGGAGAACACAGGAGCAGACAGGAUGAUGACUCAGAGAUGCAAGGACAAACUGAACUCUCUGGCCAUCUCUGUCAUGAACCAAUGGCCUGGGGUGAAGCUGCGGGUCACAGAGGGCUGGGACGAGGACGGACACCACUUCGAUGAGUCCCUGCACUAUGAGGGCAGGGCGGUGGACAUCACCACCUCGGAUAGAGACAAGAGCAAGUACGGCACCCUGUCCAGACUCGCUGUGGAAGCUGGAUUCGACUGGGUCUACUAUGAGUCGAAGGCCCACAUCCACUGUUCUGUGAAAGCAGAAAACUCGGUGGCAGCAAAGUCAGGCGGCUGCUUCCCAGGCUCCUCCACGGUCACCCUGCAGGAUGGGACCCAGAAGGCGGUCAAAGACCUGCAGAUGGGCGAUAAGGUUCUAGCUGCGGACGGCCAUGGGAACCCGGUUUACACCGACUUCAUCAUGUUCAUCGACCGAGACUCCGCCACCAGCCGGACCUUCUACGUAAUCGAGACAGAUUCGGGCCAGAAGAUCACCCUCACUGCCGCGCAUCUCAUCUUCGUCGCGCACGAGAACUCCACGCAGUCUGCGGUGUUCGCGAGCGACGUGACACCCGGACAGAAGGUGUUCGUCCACGACGGGGAGCGGGAUCGGCUCGUGGCUGUGAACGUGAAACGGAUUUACACCCAACAGCACGAGGGCUCCUUCGCACCGGUGACGGCGCACGGGACCGUGGUGGUGGACCAGGUCCUGGCGUCCUGUUACGCGGUGAUCGAGGACCAUCAGCUGGCGCACUGGGCCCUGGCGCCGGUCAGGAUCGCCCACUGGGUGUCCUCGUCGCUGUUCAGCUCCAGGCCUAAGGUCAGCGCGCACAGCGAAGGGGUGCACUGGUACUCCAAACUCCUUUACCAACUGGGGACGUGGAUCUUAGACGACCACUCGAUGCAUCCACUGGGGAUGUCAGCAUAUCCAAGCUGAAAAAACCCACAGGAACAGAAUAAGACUCGAGUACAUUCGAUCUAUCCAGUAGAAUGACAUAUUAAAUAAUAAUAAAAUCAAAAUAAACGAAAAAAAAAGGCCCCAGUGGAGUUGGAAUAUUUAUUUCAGUGACUUUUCAAUGAUGCGUCCCCUUUCAAAGAAUGAAUGGAGCCUUAAAAAAAAAGAAAAAAUCCUCUUUGAAUAAUUUAUUCUCAUGUGAACUCUGCUGCUGCUGUCACAGAAAUGGAUUGUGAAAUGAUGCGAGCAGCAAAUUGUGAAUAAUCUAUUUUUGUAUAUCUCAACUGCAAAAAAAAAAGAAGAAAAACAAGAAAAAAAAGAAGAAAAUAAAAUAAAACAAAAAUGGACAGAGAAGAAGAUCACUAUACAUGUGCAACUGACUGUUAUAUUUUGGGGGUACAGAACAAACUUCGCGGGGUUCAAUAAAUUAUAUUUUUAUACACAGAAAUGUAAAUUAGAUUUGCUGCCGAAUCAUAUUUCGUUUUUUUUUUCUUUCUUUUUUUUUGAAAUAGUGUAAGAUAUGAGAAUAUAUUUUAAUUUAAAAAAAUACAGUAGCUUGGAAAGUAUUGGAAAUCUUGUACUGGUAUUUGUUUUAUUUUAUUAUUUUGAUGUCAUGUCUGCAAUUUCUGUUUUUAUUUUGUGUGUGUGUGAGUUUGUUUCUACUUUCUCUGUUUUCUCCUGAGGAAAAAAAAAUGUCAAAAAUAAACUGCAGAUUUUGACAAUUAAGAAACAGUAAAGAUAGUACUGAAACAGCUUCGUUAAAUAAAUUAAUAAGUAACUCCUGUAAAUGUACUAAAAUGUUUUUUUUUCUUUUCAUAUUUUGUAAUAGGGACAUAGUUUUCUAUAAAUAGAAAAUGACCUGCGGCAGAUGCACAUGUCUGGAUAGUCUCUACCAUACCAGUUAACUUUCAUAACGGGGCGAUGUGUCAAAAAAAUGUCUAGAGUUUAUUAUUUAUAUGUUUAUUACAAAAAUGAGAUAAAGAAAAUCUUCAAACUUGCA